AUGGCUGCGGCCAUGGCGGAAACCCUAGCGCUGGCCCCGGUGGAGGACCCCGAGGCGCCCCUCGACGCGGCCGCCAUCCGAAGCCGGUUCAAGCAGCUCUCCACGCUGUGGGGAGGGGACGAGGAGGAGCCGGUGGAUGCUGCGGCGGCGGAGGAUGGGCUGCGCUCCGGGUGCGAGGCGGAUAUGCAGGCGGAGGAUGCGUGGGACUCCAGCGCUGCUGAGCUAGAGAGUCGCUGUUUGGACUUGUACAUUGAGUGGUUGAGAAAGGAGGUGAGCUUGACAGAGGAGGAGAACUGCAAGUUAUCUGCCGAGAUUAGUGUCAUUGGAGAGACAGUGUUCAAAGACAUGAUUCCACUGGAUGCUGAGAUUGAAUCACUGGAGUCUUCACUGAAUACACUUGGUUCAGAGGGUUUGAAACAUUCGGAAGCAAGUCCUAUCUCAACUGAUUCAGGCUUCAACCAAAUAGAUAUUGAGAAGGACUGCAAAUAUGAGGAACUGAAACUAGAUCAUCAAAUAGGAAAAAGUGAGAUGGACUUGAAGCUGCUACAAAUACAAAGUAUUUCAAUGCAAAGGGAUGAAGAAAUGUGGCAGCUUCAAUCUCUGGUUUCAGGACCAAAGGUCUUAGAGUGUAAAGACAACUGUCUCAGGGUGCUCCUGAAGGCACCUAUACUGACCUCGGAAUGUGUAAUUCUUGGACAAAAGUUGGAUUGUGUUGUUGAUUCUUCUGUUUCAGAUCAUGAGUUACUGAUAGAAGUUGAUGAAGGAAGCAUGGAACUGAAUAAAGUCCAGAUCUUUCCUGCUGAUGUUUGUGUAGAUAUACUGAUUGAGAAGCUCAAGUCCUCCAGAGAGGUCAUUUCCGCUCCAUCUUUGGGAUGGCUCAUUCGGCAAUGUCAACAACAGAUUGUAAUCAACACUCUAAGACGAUCGUUGGUGAAUGAUGCCAAUAAUUCCAGGCAUUCUUUUGAGUACUUUGACAAAGAUGAAACAAUCGUAGCUCAUUUGGUUGGUGCAAUUGAUGCCUUCUUCAAGAUAUCUGCAGACUGGCCACUGUCGUCCUAUGGUCUGAAGUUAAUCUCAAUCCGCAAUUCAGGGACUCAGCCAACGAAUAUAACUUUACAUUUGCUCUGCAAGACCAAGGAACUUGCCAAUGGCUUGGAGCUUGAGACUCGUCGGCAUCUGGUAAGAUUUGUAGACGCCGUUGAGGAGAUUCUUGUUCGGGAGAUGCAGUCAGAGCUCCACUCCAGCAGGGUUUCUGCUUAG